AUGUUAGGAUUGAAAUUGUAUUCUAUGGAUAGUAGUAUGGUAAUAGAUACUCUAGCUAAUGGUUCUGUUACUACUAAUUUUGUUUCGGGAUGUCCUUUGACUAUCUUUGGUAAGAUUUUUGUGAUGGAUUUGGUGUGUCUUCCCCUGCACCAAAUUGAUGUUAUUCUUGGGAUGAACUGGUUGGAGUUCAAUUAUGUUCACAUCAACUGUUAUAGUAAAACUGCGAGGUUUCCUGACUUCGAGGAUGGUGGUGAGCUGAUGUUCUUAUCGGCCAAGCAAGUAGGAGAGCUGGUGAAAGAUAAAGCCUCGUUGUUUGCGAUGUUCUCGACAUUGCAAGUUGAUCGUAAAGCUAUAACUAUUGAGUUUCCUGUUGUAUGUGAAUUUCCAAAUGUGUUUCUAGAAGACAUCAGUCCAGUGUCAAUGGCUCCUUAUAGGAUGUCAGCUUCUGAGUUGAGUGAGCUAAAUAUACAGUUAGAAGAACUACUGGAAAAGAAAUUUGUUAGACCAAGUGUUUCUCCGUGGGGUGCUCCCGUGUUGCUGGUUAAGAAGAAAGAUGGUAGUAUGAUGUAG